AUGUCAGCGGAAACUAAAAAGAAGAGGUCCCCGAAUUUCACCGAGUCGGAGAUAGAGCUGUUUGUGGAGGUUCUCCUCCCAAAAUAUAAAUCUGUCAUUGAAAACAAAAAGACCGACGCCCUGACGCGGGGCGAAAAGGCGGCGGCCUGGAGCCGCCUCCAGGUGGACUUCAACAACUUAUCCUCAAUUUUCCAUAGAACUGAGGAGAAUUUAAGAAACCUGUGGGGCGAAUUGAAGAAAAAGGCCAGAAAAAGACAGGCUUUUCAGAAAAGGGAGACGGUGUGCACAGGUGGAGGUGAAAGGAACAAAAGUGGCGACCCAACUAAGCUGGACGAUAAAGUGCUGGAGGUGAUUGGGCCAUCCGGAGUGGGCCUCAACGAGCAAUAUGGAGGAGAUGCUGAAAUACCAGAGACUGAUUCUUCCAGUGCUUUAAAUACAAUUGGAGAUUUGUUUGUGGUGGGCACAUCCGAUACUCUGCAAACAGCGGAAACUGCUACCAUUGAACUCCUGGACUGCUCGGGCAUUGUUGUUCCACAACAAAAUUGGUCCGAUGUUGUGCCACGUCACCUGUACUCCAAGAAGCCUCAGGCUCUGAAGAUGGUUGAUGGAAGCACGCCGAGCACAUCGGGCACCCAAAUGUCGAACUCCAGCACCCCAACCACCUCUGCAGAGUCUGCUCGAAAGCGGACGGUGGCUGAGGAACUGGAGUAUGCCAAAAUAAUGAAGAGAAGAAGGCCAUCGCUCUCCACUGCUCCUCCGCCUGAUGAGAACCAGGCCAAACUGGUGGCGGCCAGGCUGGAUCUGGCUCUUGCAACUAAGGCCAACAUGGAGGAGCAGAAGAAGAGGGAUGAGGAGCUUUUCCAAAUAGAAAAAAGGAGGAAAGAGAGUGAGGCAGUGUUGGUGGAGCUGCAAGUUUUGAAAAUGAAGAAGGAGCUGGGGCUAGAUAAGUAAUUUAGUUUUUAAUUCUGUGGCGUUUUGUACCUACAUUUACAUUGCACGAACCAGCACUGGCAUUGCCUAGUUAAUGUUCCUAUUUUUAAUUAUUAUUGGCUGCUUUUAAGCCAUUCAUUUUUCCUUAGUUAAAUUCGUUAUCUAUUAUAUAUUUGACUUAGUUUUAUGCACUUUAAGAGUAACUUGAAAAUUUUAUCAUAACAAAACAAAUUUGAAAAAUAAUUUGCAAAGAGUACUUUUAAUGUUGGCUAUAGAAAUCUGCAAAGCUAUUAGGCUGUCUCUGCAAGGGUGUGCAAGCAAAGGUAGAGUACACAUGCCACAGUUGCAAAAACUUUUGGAACUGUUCGCUGUGAUAAAAGUACCUGUGCCAACGUUGUUACUAACAUAAGUGGCUUUUAUUUUCUGUUGCUGAAGGUUUGUGCCUCCAGAAAAAGAUGUAUUGUACGGGUUUUUAUAUUUUUGUGCCAUUUUUUUUUGUACUUUAUUGUUUUUUUUACAGAAUCCUCCAGACAACACCUCUACUUUCAUUCUUUCUAAUAUUUUUUUUACCACAAUGAGCAAGUUAGACACCACUCAUAUCAUUUUUGCAAUGAAUUUUUUUCAUAGCAGAAGGCCUGUUUGAAGUGAGUAUAUAACUUUCCUGUGUAGUUUUAGGUGAUCCUUAUCAGUGAAUAAAAAGCUGAGUCAACUCUGUA